GUUUCAGCCACUGUCUUCCUUGAGUUCUGGAAAAGACGACGAGCUGUACUAACCUACGAUUGGGAUCUCAUUGACUGGGAAGAUGAAGAGGAAGAGUUACGUCCACAAUUUGAAGCAAAGUAUUCCAAAUUGGAACGAGUGAACCCAAUCACUGGCAAACCAGAGCCUUUCCAGCCUUUCAGUGACAAACUCAGUAGACUAAUGGUGUCUGUAUCAGGAAUAUUCUUCAUGAUAUCCUUAGUGCUGACAGCAGUCUUCGCUGUGGUUGUGUACCGACUCGUUGCCAUGGAGCAGUUUGCAUCAUUCAGCGUGAAUUUUAUCAAGAAGUACUGGCAGUUUGCAACAUCUGGCACCGGAGUCUGCAUAAACUUCAUGAUCAUAAUGUCCCUUAAUGUUGUGUAUGAGAAAGUAGCGUAUCUUUUAACAAACUUAGAGCACCCGAGAACUGACUCUGAGUGGGAAAACAGCUUUGCUCUGAAAAUGUUCCUGUUCCAGUUUGUCAAUUUAAACAGUUCAAUAUUUUAUAUCGCCUUCUUCCUUGGCAGGUUUGCAGGGAGGCCUGGCAAAUAUAACAGACUCUUUCAAAGAUGGAGGCUGGAAGAGUGUCAUCCAAGUGGAUGCCUUAUAGACCUCUGUUUACAAAUGGGUGUUAUCAUGGUUCUGAAACAAAUGUGGAAUAACUUCAUGGAAUUAGGAUAUCCAUUACUACAGAACUGGUGGUCACGGAGGAAAAUGAAGAAAGGUGGACAUGCCGUAGAGCACAAAAUAACUUUACCACAGUGGGAAAAAGACUGGAACCUACAGCCAAUGAAUGCUCAUGGGCUUAUGGAGGAGUACUUAGAAAUGGUCAUUCAGUUUGGAUUCACCACCAUCUUUGUUGCGGCUUUCCCACUGGCUCCACUUCUGGCACUGCUAAACAAUAUUAUUGAAAUCAGACUGGAUGCCUAUAAGUUUGUCACACAGUGGAGAAGACCUAUGCCAGCCCGAGCCACUGAUAUAGGGAUCUGGUAUGGAAUUCUGGAAGGAAUCGGCGUUCUGGCUGUCAUCACCAAUGCGUUUGUCAUUGCUAUAACAUCUGAUUACAUCCCGCGUUUUGUUUAUGCUUUUAAAUAUGGACCAUGCUUGGAUGAAGGAUACAGACAUGAAAAAUGUCUGAGUGGUUAUGUUAAUAGCAGUUUAUCAGUGUUUGAUCUAAGUGAACUUGGAGAGGGAUAUACCGGUUACUGCAGAUACCGGGAUUAUCGAGCGCCUCCUUGGAGCUCCAACCCUCUAUGA